UCCCUCCUUUUCCCCAUAUAUCACGCCAUCAUCCCUCUCUCUCUUUUCUCAUCCAUCUUCUUCUUCGACGAGCAAAAACAUUAAUACUGUAGGGGAAAGAAAUAAUUAAAACAAGAGAUCAUCAUGGCCGUCGAUCUUAUGCGUUUCCCCAAGAUAGACGAUCAAACGGCUAUCCAAGAGGCUGCAUCGCAAGGCUUACAAAGUAUGGAGCAUCUGAUCCGUGUACUCUCGAACCGUCCCGAACAACAACGCAAAGUUGACUGCUCCGAGAUCACUGAUUUCACCGUUUCUAAAUUCAAAACCGUCAUUUCUCUUCUUAACCGUACUGGUCACGCUCGGUUUAGACGUGGACCGGUUCGCUCAUCCGCGGUCGUUUCUCCUCCUCCUCCACUCCCUCAGGUCGUUAAACCUGCUCCGUUGGAAGCUCCGAUUGUUUCUCAUCUUCCUCAAAUCGUUCCUCCUCCGCCGUCGAGCUUCGUUCAUUCGAACCAGCCUAGCGUGACACUCGAUUUCUCUAAACCGACCAUCUUCGGUUCCAAAUCAAAAAGCUCAGACCUGGAAUUCUCGAAAGAAAACUUCAGCGUCUCUUUAAACUCAUCCUACAUGUCGUCGGCGAUCACCGGCGAUGGAAGCGUCUCAAACGGGAAAAUCUUCCUCGCCUGUGCUCCGUCGCAGCCUGUUACAUCCUCCGGAAAGCCACCCUUGGCCGGUCAUCCUUACAGAAAAAGAUGCCUCGAGCACGAGCACUCCGAGAGUUUCUCCGGCAGAAUCUCCGGCUCAGGCCACGGAAAAUGCCAUUGCAAAAAAAGCAGGAAAAACAAGAUGAAGAGAACCGUGAGGGUACCGGCGAUAAGUGCAAAGAUCGCCGAUAUACCACCGGACGAGUACUCGUGGAGGAAGUACGGACAAAAACCGAUCAAAGGCUCACCACACCCACGUGGUUACUACAAGUGCAGUACGUUUAGAGGAUGUCCAGCUAGGAAACACGUGGAACGAGCGUUAGAUGAUCCAGCAAUGCUGAUUGUUACGUACGAAGGAGAGCACCGUCACAACCAAUCCGCGGCGAUGCAGGAGAAUAUUUCUUCUUCAGGCGUUAAUGAUUUAGUCUUUGCCUCGGCUUGACUUUUGUAAUUUUUUUUUUUUUUGAGUACUUUAGAUGGAUUGGUUUGUAAAUUGUUUUUUUUCUUUUAACUAAGAAAUAUUAAAAUUAGAGAAAAUUAGUCGUGGUUGUUCAUGUUUAAUACUACUACUAUUGUUGAUGAUUA